GUGUACAGAGUGAUUUUCCCAGCGGCAAGGGCGAGUGUUCUUUCUCUCUGCUUCUUCCGAGUUCCGCUCUUCUUCUUGUUGGACCAUGGAGGGAUCUGAUAAAUCGUCGGCCUUGAAUAAAGCCUACGCCGAGAUAGUUCUUAACACGGCGAAGGAAGCUGCUGCUAGGGUUAUGUUGUCGGAGAGAAAAGCUGUUCGGUUUCAACAAGAUCUGUGUGGUGUGAAGGAAGAGGAGUAUCGGUUGCUUGUCCGAUUGAAGCAGAUGAUCGAUGCUAAGGCAAUUGAAGCAGAGAUUACGUCAUCAAACCAGCAAAGGCGGAUUGACGAGCUUGAAGCUCAGCUUCAAGAAGCUGAGGAUAUCGUCACUGACCUAAGAUUCGAGUUGAACUGGGCGAGAUGCAAAUCAGCGAAAGCAAGAAUUUCCAAUUCUCAAUCACGAAUUACAACAAACUCGGUAGAGGAAACAAUUUCUAGUGAGAAUGCGGAUAUGGAAUUUGUUGGUAGCUUGAAUCCUAAUCAAGGGCUUGCACAUACAUCCAUCUCUGAGGUGAUGGAUGUAUCUGCAAGAUCAUUGCAUAACAAAUGUGGAUAUGAGGUGAAACAAUUUGAGGGGUUGAGAGUUUCCGAUAUAAGGGAUUUUGAUGGUUGUGAGUCUGAACUGGACAUGAUUAUGCGAAAGAAAGAGCUUGAGCUGUAUAGAAAUGGAUGCACACAGAGGAUCCGUGCACUGGGAAGGAAUGUUCUCGAGGGGAACCCUUCUUCUUACGCAGAGGAUCAAGGUACAACUGCAAAGGAUGAUAACGAGAAUCUGAGUUCAGGAGAAGUGGACAAAGACAGAACUGGUGUUCAGGGAAACAACAGAAGGUGUACUGUUCUUGCUCUUAGAGCAAUGAGCGUUCAGGUGAUAACGAGACCUCCAAAUCAAUUGGAGACUAAGAAAAUCAGUAAGAAAGUACGAAGAAGAAAAAGAAGAAAGAGAGGGUGGGGAAAACCAAAAGCAAGCUUGGUUAGGUCCCAUGCCUAUCAGGCCAUAAAACCUGUUCUUUCAUAUUCCAAGACAUCCAUGGACAAUGCAUCUGGUGAAAGUUCUUCGAAGACAUAUCCAUCGGAAGAGAGUGAGGACGGGGAUGCAAUGAAAGCCUGCAAAGGGUUAGAAGAACAUUUGCAGCAUAAGAGAACUCAAUACAUCGACAAGAUUGCAAUCAUUCGUAAUGGAAAAUGGAACAAGAACAUGAAGAUUUUGGAUAGUAUUCCUUGUCAAGAAUCUACUCUACUCUACGUUAAUGGAAAUGUUGAUGAAGAUAAGGCACAAGUCCCUGAAAAAGAGGAUAAGAUUAAGUCGCUUCCUCAUUUGGACAAUAGGUUGACUCCAAUCUCAGAAACCACUAAUCUUACUGUCAGUUCGAAGGCAACAAAUCAAUCAAAACCUGGAGCAGAAAAAGACUUGGAAUCAGAAAACAAAGAUGCGUUGGUAAAAUGUGGAAACAGAGUGGUUUCAUCGACCAAAAUGGGGUCUGAGAUGGUUGAUGUGAACCCAGUUAAUGGUGUAUCGGGUGAAAUCAAUGAGUCUCAAAGGAAAGUAGAUGGAAAUAGAGUGCUGAAGUACACAUUCCAAAGGAAAAGGAAGAAGAGACCUUUAAGUGACAAUGAUGAUAAUAUUUCUCCGGCAAAGGGGAAGGUGGAGGAGAAAGAAAAUGAUGGGCAAGAGGCAAAUGAAUCAUCAAGGGGAGCUCGGCGGCUAGUCCAGGUCGCCCGGCAGCUCAUCUCCGUGUCUGUGAAGAGAUGGUAGAAAUGGAAAUCAGAUUUCUGAGAACAGAUUUCUUCAAUGGAACUCUGGUAAUCAGCUGGCUGUUCGGUUCGGGAAUCAUGUAUUAAGCUUUUUCAGGGUUGAGCUUCUUGGUUAUGCUCUCUUGCACAGCCAAGGGACAGAGCAGAGAGAUACAGAGAGGAGGGGGAGAAGCAGAGCCAUAUAUUGAUGUCUUGAGAGGGACACCACAUAUGGGGUUUGUUCAGUUUGAUUGGUUUGUUUGUUCUAAACGUACGUGGUGUGAUUCAAUGAUCAAAAACUGACAGAAAACCUGGUAAGAUCUGUGUUCUGUCCAUGUCAAAUGUUUUUGACUCAUCAUCAGUGAUCAUAGAUCAAACAUGGUUUUGGAGGAUUCAUCUGGUUUGGAGAAAUGGACAGUUCAUGGUCUACUUCCAUUUUCAGAAACACCACAUGAGGGUACAGACAGAGAGGGGACAUCCAUUUUUAGAUUGAUUUAAUCAUUAAAAAUAUUAUCAAUCUUUCUAGAUUGAGAUUGUAACAUUUCGGACAUUCUCUCUGUUUUUAUUUUAUUUUUUUCAGCAAAGAAAUAGAUAACUGAGGUGUUUUUGGGGGGAGGG